AUGCUGACUUAUAAUGAAAUUCUUGGAAUAAUAUACUUGCAAGUAACUGGAAUUGGAUUGCUGGGGAACUGUAUCAUCUUAUUCUUAAACGUCUAUAAUUUCCUCAUUGCUCAUAGGACAAAACCUAAAGACCUAAUUAUCAGUCAUUUGGCCUUUGCCAAUGCCAUAUUGCUUCUCACUGGGGGAAUACCCAGUGCAACAAAGAUAUGGAGAGUGAAAUGUUUACUGGAUGAGUUGGGAAUUAGAAUCAUAACAUAUAUACAGACAAUGGGCCGAGGUCUCUCCCUAACUAGCACCUGCCUCUUGAGUGCUUUCCAGGCCAUCACCAUUAGUCCCAACAACUCCAGAUGGGCACAACUCAAAAUCAGAGCACAAAAAUGCAUCACUCAAUGCAUUCUUCUUUGUUGGAUAUUCAAUCUACUUGUAGAUUUGAUUGUAUUUUUAUGCCGAAUUAGCCCCCAAAAUAGCACAGACAGUAAAUAUGGAUGCAGCACUGGAUAUAGGUCCCUAGAUAUGAAUAAUGAGGAUAACUUAAAAAUCAGAACCUUUUCAUGUGUCCAUGAUUCUUUCUUCCUGUGUCUCAUGACUUCUUCUAGUAUCUACAAGGUUGUAAUACUGUACAGCCACAAGAGGCAUGUCAAUCAUAUUCAUAAUAAUAGUCAAUCCAUAAAAAUAUCCCCUGAAAUUAGAGCCACUCAAGCAAUUGUGCUUCUAGUGAGUACCUUUGUUUUGUUUAAUGUAUUCAGUCCCAUUUUUAUUCUGUAUAUGUUGUAUUUUAAAUUUCCAAACACAUGGAUUAUACAUACCUCAGCAUUUCUCGCUCUGGGAUAUCCAGCAGUCAGUCCUUUUCUUCUGAUUAGUGUUUAUAAACAGAUUCCCAGGGCUUGUACUCACUGA